AUGACAAAAUUUACUUUACAAAAUGAUUUGACACAAAACAUAAAUCCCGAUUCGUUGUGUAUUUAUCGAGGGUAUAUUGUAUAUGUUGGCUAUUGUGCACAAAAUUAUUCUUAUUUACUUCAAGCUAUUUAUCGAUAUAUCGUUGUGAUCCAUCCGACAAGAGUGUUUUGGCAAUCAAAACGUGUUCAGAUCUUGCUGAUUUCACUCGUAUGGAUAACAGCAAUACUUUAUGCCUUUCCGCUUCUAUUUACAGGUGAAAUUGUUUAUAUUCCUGCUGAUCAAACAUGUCAAAUGUCUCUUCAUCUUUCUGCGAUUUCGGUGUACAAUCUUUGUUAUUCUUAUAUUAUACCAAUUCAAGGAAUCAUUUUCAUUUAUCUAAAAUUAGUUCGAUAUGUAAAAGAAAUGAGUAAACGUGCUAUGCCAGCUAAUUUGCUCUCACGUGCUCAACGAGAAUUACGAAUGGUCUAUCGCAUUAUGAUACUUAUUUCAACUUUAUUAGCACUUGGCAUUCCAUAUGCGACUUUUGUUCUUAUGGGAUACUUCACUCAACCACCCGGACAUUCUUUUCGUAUUGCUUAUGUCUUUGUUUGUAUAUCAUUACUGAUUAUUAUGCUUAUUUUAUUCAAUGGCACUGAUCCAGUUCGUCUAUCUCUUAUGAAACAAAUUAAUCGAAGACCUAAUACGGUCAUCGCUGGAAGAACAUGA